AUGAAGUUGCCAUUUCCUCGACUACAUGUGGAUGCAUCGGCUGUUGCCGGACUUAUUGAGUGGUAUUGCAAUCGACUGGGAAUGAGUCGAUUGCACUGGGUUGGUUAUCAGCCAUCAGCGGUUGUAGAAUUUCGCUCGUCUCUCAAGCAACCUACACCACCAAAGUAUUACAAACCGCAACUAUCGUCUGAUGUUUACUGGAAGAUAGGAUUAUCACUUGCAGAUGUAGACACAGCUCGUUCAAAGCUUGUACGUCAGGACGUGGAGGUCACUUCUCCAAGACAGUUCCGGGAUAUCGGAUACAUGUGCCACUUUAGCGACCCGUUUGGAUUUUCAUUAGAGCUACUUCAGCAUGAUUUCCAGUCUAAUUUUAGUUCUGAGCGCGUACAAGCCUCUCUUGAACCGAACCUGGCGCUUGGGCAGCAAGCGGACAUCGGGCAAAUCACUCUUCGUGUUUCUGAUAUCAAUCAAAGCCUUCAAUUUACCAGUCUGCAACAGGUAUGA